CGGAAACAAUACACAAUGUCCUGAUGGUCAACAGCAUGUAGCCAACAUUGCUGGACUCAUUCGCAUCAACUCUCUUGUUUUAAUUGAGCUGUUUUAACUGUUUCGUACGAGUUCGCAUAUUUUUUUACAAGCUACUGUAAGAAGAAUCGUUUACCGGAGAUGGGAGUCCCGGCGUUUUUCCGCUGGCUGAGCCGUAAAUACGCGUCCAUCAUUGUUCAUUGUGUUGAAGAGAAGGGGAAAGAAUGCAACGGAGUCCGCAUCCCCGUUGAUACGACCAAGCCCAACCCGAAUGAGGUGGAAUUUGACAAUUUGUACUUGGAUAUGAAUGGGAUCAUUCAUCCAUGUACUCAUCCAGAAGACAAAGCCGCCCCCAAAAAUGAAGAUGAGAUGAUGGUCGCCAUUUUUGAGUACAUUGACCGUCUGUUCAAUAUCGUACGGCCCAGGAGAGUCCUCUACAUGGCCAUCGAUGGCGUGGCUCCUCGUGCCAAAAUGAACCAGCAGCGCUCUCGGCGUUUCCGUGCCUCCAAAGAAGGAGUUGAGCUACAGGAGGAGAAGGGCCGCAUAAGGGAGGAGAUCAUCCAGAGAGGAGGUUAUCUUCCACCUGAGGAGAUCAAAGAGCGCUUUGACAGCAACUGCAUCACUCCAGGAACAGAGUUCAUGGACAACCUGGCACAGUGUUUACGGUACUACGUCGCAGACAGACUCAGCAACGAUCCAGGAUGGAAGAACGUCACAGUCAUCUUGUCUGAUGCGAGUGUUCCAGGUGAAGGUGAACAUAAGAUCAUGGACUACAUCAGGAGACAGAGAGCUCAACCCAACCACGACCCCAACACACACCACUGCCUGUGUGGAGCUGACGCUGACCUGAUCAUGCUCGGUCUGGCCACCCACGAGCCAAACUUCACCAUCAUCAGAGAGGAGUUCAAACCCAACAAGCCCCGCCCCUGUGCCCUCUGCGGACAGAUAGGUCACGAGAUCAAAGACUGCCAGGGGACGCCCAGAGAGAAACAGGGAGAGCAUGAUGAGUUUGCAGGCUCGAUGCCGACGUCUGAACAGGAGUUCAUCUUCAUCAGGCUGUGUGUGCUGCGGGAGUACCUGGAAAAAGAGCUGACCAUGGCCAGUCUGCCGUUUCCCUUCGACUUUGAGCGCAGCGUGGACGACUGGGUCUUCAUGUGUUUCUUCGUCGGAAACGACUUCCUGCCCCACCUGCCGUCCUUAGAAAUCAGAGAGGGGGCGAUCGAUCGACUCGUCAACAUCUACAAAGACGUCGUGCACAAAACAGGAGGCUACCUGACAGAGAACGGCUUCGUCGACCUGGAGCGCGUGGAGAUGAUCAUGCAGGCUGUGGGCGUGGCCGAGGACAACAUCUUCAAGAAACGCAAAGAGGAUGACGAAGGCUUUAAGAGGAGAAAUAAAGAAAAGAAAAAGAGAAUGAAAGCACAGGCAGAGCAGCGAGGCCCCGCCUACCUGACCUCAGGCCAGUUUGCCCCUCAGGCGCUGGGGAGGAGAGACCGACCCGAGGCCGUCCAGAAUGCUCGACAUCAGGCUUACGACAUGAGGAUGCAGUGCAACAAGGACGCUGCUCAGUCAAUGAAGGCCAUGAUGAAGAACGGAGGAAAUUCGUCUGCAGGUCCCAGUGACAGCUCGGACAGCAGGGGGGUGAAGAGGAAAGCGGAGGACAGCGACAGCGAGCCAGAGCCUGAAGACAACGUCAGGUUGUGGGAGGAAGGCUGGAAGCAGAGAUACUACAAGACCAAGUUCGACGUGUGUGUGACCGACGAGGAGUUCAGGAAGAAGGUGGUGAAGUCGUAUGUGGAGGGUCUCUGCUGGGUGCUGCGCUACUACUACCAGGGCUGUGCCUCCUGGAAGUGGUACUUCCCGUUUCACUACGCCCCGUUCGCCUCCGACUUCAAAGACAUCAAAGGGAUGUUCACAGACUUCGAGAAGGACACCAAACCUUUCAAGCCACUGGAGCAGCUGAUGGGAGUGUUUCCUGCAGCCAGCGGUAACUUCCUGCCUGAAACGUGGCGAGUUCUCAUGAGCAGUCCGGAUUCCGCCAUCAUCGACUUCUACCCCGAUGACUUUGCCAUCGAUCUCAACGGCAAGAAAUACGCCUGGCAGGGUGUGGCCUUGUUGCCCUUCGUGGAUGAACGCCGGCUGUGGGCGGCUCUGGCUGACGUCUACCCCGACCUCACAUCUGAGGAAAAAAAAAGAAACAGUCUGGGAAGCGACCUGUUCUUCCUCGGGAAGGCUCACCCUCUCUUCGACUUCAUCCACGAGCUCUACCGCACUGAAUCUCAUGAGGGCACUGAGAUCCCUGCAGAGCUGUGCCAUGGAAUCCAAGGUACAUUAAAUCUUGAUGACGACCCUAUUCUACCAGAUAAGGCUGUGGCGUCACCCAUCCCGAUGCUGCGGGACAUUUCACAGUGCAGCGCCAUCGGAGUGAGGUUCAAGGAUCCUCAGUUUGCAGAUGACUUUGUGUUCAAGGCGGUCCUCCUCCCCGGAGCCAAGAUGCCCAAUAAGGUCCUGAAGCCAGGGGACUGGGAGAGGGGGAACAGGGGGCCGUGGAGACCCCAACUGGGCUUCAACUCGAACAGGCAGCAGGCUCACCUGGACCAGUCCGGAUUCCGCGCUCUGGGUCACAGUAUGAACAGAAACCAACAUGGCGGAGGACAGUACAGCAGCGCCCCGCCACCGAACAGCUACCAACAAGGAGGCUACCGUCAGCAUGGUGGACACCAGUCUUACCAACAUUCCAGGCAGGGCAGUUUGCUGGGAGCGCCUCCCCCCUUCCAACAGCCCCAAUAUCCAAGGCAGCAGCAGCAGCAGUAUGGCGGGGGAGGCGGCGGCGGCGGCGGGGGUCACGGCUGGGAUCGAGCUCAGCACACGCAGCAGUCGGCGUACCAGCAGAACGCGAGCCGCGGACGAGGAGGGGCGGCGCCCGGAGGAUACCAGCAGCGCUUCGACCAGCGGAGAGACGAGUGGCACGAUCGACGGGACAACCGGGGCCAACAGCACCAGAGCUUCAGCUCGGGCCGAGGUUACCCUCCCCCUCCUCCAUCCAGACGCUACGACUGGAAGUAAACUCAGAGCACAUGCCGGACUCUGGGGUUACAUGUGGGCGGGGCUAUUUUUAGGGGAGACAUGUCACCAGUAUUUUUUUUUUUUCAUUUUUAAUGUCUUCUUGUACAAUUAAUUAUUUUUUCCUCUUCAUUUUACUUACAAACAAAAACAAAAAGGUUAAUAUGUAACGUUGUGAUUUUUAAGACGAUCAGCCUGUAAAACUUGUCGAACACAAGUGAGUCCCGGACUACGAGUCCUCAUGGGUUUCUUUUUGAGAGACGCCUCUCCAAUGUGGUCUAAAAAAAAAAAAGACGACAAAUAAAACGUUUGGAUUGUUUUUGUCUCACAGAA